GUCGAAUGAUUUGGGCCUCUGGUGCGAUAAGACGCGAAGUGGCACACAAGUGACACAUUAUACCUCUCGACUCUCGACUCUCGAUGCCUUGCCUUGCCUGGCCUCGAGCCCUUGGCACUGCUUCGCUUUUUCGCCUUGGGGUGAUAUUCUGCCCGUCUGCCUCCAGUUUCUCGCACGUUCAACAUGUGCUCUCGUGCCAAAAACCGCGUGCGCAACUUCGGGGGGUGUCCUUUAUUCGCAGCAAAGUGCCUCGAGCUUUUCUGUUCUGUAAAGAACAGAAAAUGAACCGCGUGCACAAGUUCCCUGGGCGUUCCAUGGAGAUAUUGGUUCCUCUUUGGGCCCGCUCCUCCUCGUGUUCGUUGUCCAUUUCCCGACAGCCGUGAAAUCAUUGGCUCGUCAAUCUGUCAGACAGGCCUCAUCUCAUCUGAGCUCGGCCCGGAUCAGUUUCUCCUCUUCUACAGAUGGAGACACGCCCCGGAAUACCCAGUCCUCUUCGUUUGGAAAAUACGUAUUCCAUUCCAUUGCGCUUAACCUUUUUCGAUUUCGAAGUACUAUGCGAUUGCGAAAUACUUUGCUAUAUGCAUGAACGGAAGACCAAAGAUUCCAGAGAGUUCAAUUCAUCAUCUAUUUCAUCAGAAGAUGAUGAUUUGACACGAACAGGCAUCUAUUAUUGAAUCUUGUAUUUUUAAUGAACACAAAAUUUCAUGUAGAUGA